UGAGGGCCGCUUCGGACACAUUUUCUGUCCAAGUCCGUCCCUGGGUACGAUGAAUUAUAAACAAGCUCUAUCCCUCGCCGAUAGAGAGGCAGGGUUCGUCCGGGGCGGCGCAUGUGUGUAGCCAAUACCGACACAGCGAGCCGCUUCGCUACCCCACAGUUAUAGGCGACCUCACACACGUCCAGUCUGAGUAGCCUUUGGACCACAGCGGCACUUUCUCUCCGACAAAAUAUCAGAUCUCCGCGUAGUGAUGACGACCUCCGUGAGCCUCGGCACCGGUGCAUCUAUGCCCAUAGUGGGUCUGGGCACGUGGAGGGCAUCUGAGGGCCAGGUGGGGCAGGCAGUGCGGGCGGCCAUCUUGUCGGGCUACCGGCACAUUGACGGGGCGUUCGUCUACCAGAACGAGGCGGAGGUGGGGGCGGGGCUAAAGGCCAUGAUGCAGCAGGGCGUGGUCAAGAGGGAGGAGCUUUUCAUCGUCAGCAAGUUGUGGUGUACUUUCCACCAGCGGACUCUUGUGAGGGGCGCGUGUGAGAAGACUCUGCAGGACCUUCAGCUGGACUCCCUGGACCUUUACCUCAUGCACUUCCCCAUCGGAUUCCAGCCUGGAGACAAUCUCUUUCCUCUGGGGACUGACGGCCAAGUCAUCGGAGACGACAGCAACUUCCUGGACACAUGGGAGGCUAUGGAGGAGCUAGUGGACUGUGGACUGGUCAAAGCCAUUGGCGUCUCCAACUUCAACCAGCAGCAGAUUGAGGCCAUCUUGAACAAGCCCGGACUCAAGUACAAGCCUGCCAACAACCAGAUUGAGUGCCAUCCGUACCUGACCCAGGAGAAGCUGAUCAGCUACUGCCACUCAAAAGGCAUCAGUGUGACGGCCUACAGUCCUCUGGGCUCACCAGACAGACCAUGGGCAAAACCAGAUGAGCCAUCACUGCUAGAAGACCCAAAGAUUAAAGCCAUCGCCAGCAAGCACAGCAAGACUUCAGCUCAGGUUCUAAUCCGGUUCCACGUCCAGAGGAAUGUGGCUGUUAUUCCAAAGUCCUCCAACCCACAGCGGAUCAAAGAGAACUUCCAGGUGUUUGACUUUGAGCUCAGUGCAGAGGACAUGAAAACCAUCCUGAGCUUCAACAGGAACUUCAGGGGCUUCAAAAUGGAGUGGGCUUCACAGCACAAAGACUUUCCUCUGAAUGCAGAGUGCUGAGAAUCCACUCGGCCUCCCGCUGGACCAGCAUGUGUGUGUGUGUGUGUGUGUGUCCACAGGUGGAGGAAUGUGUGUGUAUACAUGUGUGUGUAAGGUAUGUGUGUGUGCAAGUGGUUGGAUGUGGGUGUCUGUGUGUGUCAGAUGAAGGAGCUGAAGUCAGAAGUGUGUGUGUCUCUCACCAUUGGAGUCACCCUGUAGAGCUGGGGGUCUCUCCUAAUCCUCUAAGUGCACACACACACACACACACACACACACACACACACCACAACACAGAGCACACACACACACACACCACAACACCUCACAGAGCACACACACACACACACACACCCCAAAACACCUCACAG